AUGCCUUCAAACGAACGCGAUUCCUACGUCCUCGACGACUACAGCAAGUCUCCCACUUCCUCCUCCAGAUCAUCCUUCAAAUCCAACUACUCCCUCAGAAGUGGCGAAAAUUCCGCCAUCGACCUCCCCACUCUCGCAUACGACGACGACGAACACACUACGCAGUAUGAUCCCUCACAAAGCUCCCGGAACGGCGCAAGGCGAAGGUCUACCAUCGUGGGCGCUUUCAGCCGCAGGCCGGCAUUUGAAGCCAUCACCCCUAUCCACGACUCCAAAUUCGACCCCGAAGCCCAAGAACCAAUCGAUACCGAACACCCCCUUGGCCUCCCUGCGGAGCAAGCAGCUCUCCCACCAGUAGACGGAGGCAGGAAAGCCUGGCUCUUCCUAGCAGCAUCCGCGAUGCUGGAGAUGCUCGUGUGGGGUCUGCCUUUUGCCAUUGGUGUGUUGUUGUCGUACUGGAGGACGGAGCUCUUCCCGGAUGAAGGGGAGGAUGCCACGUUGACCCUGGCUGCGACGCUGCAGACGGGGUUGCUGUACAUGAUGGCAGCUCUUGUCGGACCUGUGGUAGCUUCUCUGCCACGGUGGCAAAAGACGUUGCAAGUCAUUGGGAUUGUGGCUGCUGCCCUGUCUAUGAUCGCAAGCGCUUUCGUGUCCAAGCCGUGGCAUUUGCUCGUGACCGUAGGACUGAUAUAUCCUUUUGCUGGGGGCAAACUGAUGGAUGUUGUAGCCGCUUACUUUCCUUGCGGCGCCCUUCUGUUCGAAUGGUUCUAUGCCAAAAGAGGUCUUGCGACAGGCAUCAUGUAUGCCGGCACUGGCGGCUGCAUUAUGCCCUUCGUCAUGAGCGCCCUCCUCGACAAGCUCGGCUAUAAAACCGCCAUGAUCAUCCUCGGUUCUGUGUUCGGCGGCCUUAGUCUCAUCUGUCUCAUCUUCAUCGUACCCCGCGUCCCACCCGCCCACAAAUUUGAACACGGCACCAAGAGAAGGCACAGCAUUGACUGGUCAUUCCUGAAGAGCAAGUUGUUGAUUGUCAGUGUUACAAUCAUCUUCUUGACCAGUUUGGGCAAUUUUAUCCCUAGCUUGUGGAUACCCACAUACGCUACAGACUUAAACCUCUCAGACCCAAACGGCGCCGCUCUCCUCUCCAUCCUCAACGGCGCUUCCGUCCCCGGCAAUGCCCUCCUCGGCUUCAUGUCCGACCGUCUCCCCCUGCGCGCCGUCAUCCUCAUAUCAUGCCUCGGUUCGGGCUUCGCAGUAGCUUUCCUCUGGGGUUUCGGUACGAGCAAGGGCAUGUUGGUGGCUUUUUGCGUGAUAUUUGGGCUUCUGGGACCGAGCUUUGUGUCGCUCUGGACCAAAAUCAAUGCUACUAUCGCUAAGGACAACACGUUUGCAUUCGCCAUCAUCCUCUCUUUGUUCACCUUUAUCCGCGGUAUCGGCAACUUCAGCUCUGGUCCCAUCUCUGAGGCGCUCCUUAAACACAGCCCCUUCGAAGGCGCUAUCGGUGGUUAUGGAUUCGAGAACUACGGCUCCAUCUUGCUGUACUCUUCCAUCAUGAUCCUCAGCGGCGGCGCAGCUGGAGCUUUCUUUGUCGAGCGCAAAUUGACUUGA